CUCCUCUCGCGAAACACGAUGCGACGCAAGAAUGUGAAAGGAUCCCGCCCGCCGCCAUUUUCUUUCUUUCUUGGCAGGCUGGGAGGACGGUAGGAAGUAGUGGAAGGAGACAUGUCGGAUUAUUCUACGGUGCCCCCUCCUUCUUCGGGAGCACCCGGCGGAGGCGGAGGAGGUGGCGGGGCAGUCAAUGAUGCUUUUAAAGACGCGCUGCAACGGGCUAGGCAGAUUGCAGCAAAAAUUGGAAAUGAAUCAGGGACAUCUGUGAAUUCAAAUGAUUACAGUUAUGGGGGACAAAAAAGACCUCUUGAAGAUGGAGAUGGCUCUUGGACAAGUCCGAGCAGUACAACACACUGGGAGGGAAUGCCCUCUCCUUUUAAAGAUCAACCAGAACCUAAGAAAGUUGCUCCCCCAAACAAUGAUUCUUUUGGAAAUCAGUUACCACCCAUGCAUCAGCAACAGAGGUCUGUAAUGACAGAAGAAUACAAAGUUCCAGAUGGAAUGGUUGGAUUCAUAAUUGGCAGAGGGGGAGAACAGAUAUCUCGCAUACAGCAAGAAUCUGGAUGUAAAAUACAGAUUGCACCUGAUAGUGGUGGGCUUCCUGAAAGAUCUUGUAUGUUGACUGGAACACCUGAAUCAGUACAAUCUGCAAAGAGAUUGCUCGACCAGAUAGUUGAAAAAGGAAGACCCACUCCAGGAUUCCAUCAUGGUGAUGGCCCAGGAAAUGCUGUCCAGGAAAUCAUGAUUCCAGCUAGCAAAGCAGGAUUAGUUAUUGGAAAGGGUGGAGAAACUAUAAAGCAGCUUCAAGAGCGUGCAGGUGUUAAAAUGGUAAUGAUUCAAGAUGGACCACAGAACACUGGAGCAGAUAAGCCUCUUAGGAUCACAGGAGAUCCUUACAAAGUCCAACAAGCAAAGGAAAUGGUUUUAGAUCUAAUUCGUGAUCAAGGUGGCUUCAGAGAGGUACGAAAUGAAUAUGGAUCAAGAAUAGGAGGCAAUGAAGGAUUAGAUGUACCAAUACCACGGUUUGCAGUUGGUAUUGUAAUUGGAAGAAAUGGCGAAAUGAUAAAAAAGAUACAGAAUGAUGCUGGUGUAAGGAUUCAGUUUAAACCAGAUGAUGGAACAACACCUGAUAGAAUAGCACAGAUCACAGGACCACCAGACAGAUGUCAGCAUGCAGCUGAAAUUAUUACAGAUCUUCUUCGAAGUGUUCAGGCUGGCAAUCCUGGAGGUCCAGGGCCUGGUGGUCGUGGUAGAGGAAGAGGUCAGGGAAAUUGGAAUAUGGGACCACCUGGUGGACUGCAAGAAUUUAACUUUAUUGUUCCCACUGGAAAAACUGGAUUAAUCAUUGGAAAAGGUGGUGAAACUAUCAAGAGCAUUAGUCAGCAAUCUGGUGCAAGAAUAGAACUUCAGAGGAAUCCUCCACCAAAUGCAGAUCCCAACAUGAAAUUAUUUACUAUUCGAGGGACACCACAACAGAUUGAUUAUGCUCGGCAGCUUAUAGAAGAAAAGAUUGGAGGUCCAGUAAAUCCUUUGGGGCCCCCUGUGCCUCAUGGACCUCAUGGUGUUGUUCCUGGGCCACAUGGACCCCCUGGGCCACCUCCUGGGGCUCCAAUGGGACCUUACAAUCCAGCUCCUUAUACUCCUGGCCCUCCUGGUCCUGCACCUCAUGGACCUCCAGCACCAUAUGCUCCACAAGGAUGGGGUAAUGCAUAUCCACAUUGGCAACCACCAAAUCCCCCAGACCCUGGUAAGCCAGCAGAUCCUAAUUCAGCAGCAUGGGCAGCCUAUUACGCCCACUACUAUCAACAGCAAGCACAGCCACCCCCUGCAGCUCCACCUAGCGCACCACCUGCCACUCAGACUAACGGACAAGGAGAUCAACCAAAUCCAGCACCAGCAGGGCAGGUAGAUUAUACCAAGGCUUGGGAAGAAUACUAUAAAAAAAUGGGUCAACAAGGGCAGCCACAAGAUUAUUCAAAGGCUUGGGAGGAAUAUUACAAGAAGCAAGGUCAAGCUGUUCCAGCUCCAACUGGAGCCCCACCGGCAGGUCAGCCAGAUUACAGUGCAGCAUGGGCUGAGUACUAUCGACAGCAGGCAGCUUAUUAUGCCCAGACAAGUCCACAAGGAAUGCCACAACAUCCUCCAGCACCACAGGUAAACAGUCUUGAAUUAUUUAGCUAAUACUUUAGUGAGAUACUUUUCAAUUUUUGUGGGGUGGAAUUUUGUUUGUUUUUGCAUGUCUCCCACAUAGCUAUCUUUCUGAAGUAUGCAUUUUUCCUGAUAAAACAUAACUGCAAAUGAAUUAAUGCUCUUUUAACUGGAGAUCUGUGUUUGUCUUUGCAUACAUUCAGUGUUUGUGAUCUAAAAAUUUCUCCUCAGGGUUUUUGAAAGCCAUGCAGGAAGCCACCACCAUUGCAUUAACCAAAUUUUCUUUCUUAAAGGCUUCAGUCCUGAGUUAGCGCAAUUUUUUAAAAAAUAUUUUCUUUAACUUUUUGUGUAUUUCUUAUGUAUUUCUUCGCACAGGGCCAAUAAUAAGAAGUGGACAAUACAGUAUUUGCUUCAUUAUGUGGGGGAAAAAAACCUUUGUUAAAUGUAUGGAUGCAGACGCCUUGAUGAAGAUCAUAAUUUUGUUUGGUUAAAAAUAGUGUUUUUUUGAAAUGUACAAAAUAUCUAUCACAACUGAUAGGAGGUAAUAUUUCUGUGUAGAAAUGGAAAUUGGUUUGUUUUUAGUACAUUAGUGUAGAUGUACACAUUCCAGCAAAUGUAUUUGCAACUAUUAUGUGGUCAAUGCUUUGUGAUAUAAAUGUACUUUUUCAAUGUAUACUUGAUCACUUUUAAAUGCUUGUUUUUGUGCUUUGCAAUAAAUAAUAUGAAACCUCCUGUGUUGGUAAGUUGGAUAUGUGGGUACUCAAGAGAAUUCAACAAUAUUUUUUUUAGUAAUUCUGUACAUGUACACAAGUAAGACUUUUCCCCUCUCUUUUAAGUUCAGGCUUGAUGUUGGUAUUUCCCCAGAAUAGGUUUAUAUAGGGAUCUCUUUUGUGAUUGUAUGUUACUAUUUAGCAUUCUGAUAUCUUCCUCUCUUUCUACUUGUGUAAAAAUUGCAUGUAUGUGAAGGUAUUUCUUGACAUACUUCUGCAUUAACAGUUGAAAUUUCUUUUUUAUUCAUGACCACUGUCCUAGACCCGUAUAGCUGCUAUAGUUAACAUUUGUUUUAUGUAUGAUUUAAUUCUUUAGUAUAUUUUCCAGACACAUUAUUAAAAUCAGUUAUCUAGAAAAAUAAAAUGUGCUAAGCGGUUGGUUUGAAGCACUUUGCUAUAGAAUUCAGUGUAGUAAGGAUGAUUAUGCUUUUUAGUUAUAAAACUGCAUUUGUUGUAGAAACAUGCUGUUUGAGUCUUGGAAUGCUUAAUGAAAAAAAAGGUUUUUUCAGAUAAGGUUUGUUUUUAAAUGUUGAAAGACUAGUUUUUAAGUUAUGUUUGAAAAGUCUCUAUCAUACGUUUUACUUUUAAUAAUUCUAAUUGAAAAUUGGUGUUCUGUUAAAAUCCACUGUUUGCUUUUUUGCAUAUAUUAGAUUACAUGCAAUACAGUUUGUCUUGCCAUUGUCUGUUGAAGUGCAGGUUUGAUCCAGCCAGUAUAGAACUAGCUCUGUAGGGGUGAGGAGGACUGUGCUGUGUAUCAUCCUUGAUUGUUCCUUCAAGGAGCAUUGCACUGUAAGUACAUCAGAGUGACAAAAUGAUGAACUGCAACAGUAUCUUUUUGUCAGUGUUCCACAUAAUGCAAAUGCCAUACCUGUGUGAAUAUUAUGUUGGAAUAAAAUACAGUGCUGAUAUUUUAGAAAAUUACAAUUGGUUGUUUAAUCAGAUACCUAGAUAUGCAUAAAUAUGUGUGUGUAUGGGUAAGUAUUUUGAGAUAUUUAGCUUUAGCUAAAGAAUUCAUCAAUGAACUAACAUUGUUCAUUAGGGUUUCAGAAAUGAGAUAUAUUCAGAUAUCAACUUAUAAAUUGUUAACAUUUAAAAAUGCUUGUCAGGAGGAAGUUGUUUUUGUCUUCAGUUGUCUGCAUAUAUUUAGUGAUGCAGCUAUAUGCUAUUUUUCUAAAUCUUUAUUAGCCUUAUCUUUAGAAAAUCAUUUUGUUGUUUUGGAGUGUUCACUUAGAGUGGCUGCAAGAGAAGAACUGAAUGUGGUCUAAAAUGAAGUAGUAUUAUUGCAAAAAUAAUUAGAAAUGCAUUUGUUCUACUGUAGAAUCAGGAGGGAUUUUUUUUUAUUCAAGUUUAGUUUAGGAUUUACAUUUUGAAAAGACUACUAGAAGUUAAUAAAUAUAUAGAGAAGUAGGUUAUGAAGUCUCUUAAAUAUUUUGCAUGUUAAAUCUGUAGCUUAUUGGAAAAUGGUGUAGUUAUUAACUAAACAGAACAAACAUUCACCUGAUUCUUUAUCAUUCACCAAAUGGAGGCUGUUGAUUUUGAUUCAUUUAAAGUAUAAAAUCUUUAUUAAUUGCAAACAGUGCAAUUAUUUAUACUUCACAGUGCCUUCCCAGAUCUUCCACCUUAGGUUCUGCUGCAAAAAGCACAGGUAAGCACAACCUAAGGAAGUGUAUAAAUACAUAUUUCAGUAUAUCAAUGUUGUCCCUGUGAGAAUUUUUUUGUGCUUGUGUAUUCAAAAGCAAUCUGCCAAUAUCUUUUCCCAAAUGUAUUCUGCUAUUCAUGGUUUCAUUCCAAUGAGAAUUCUGAAACAAUUAUUUACAUUUCUGGGUAAAUGUGUAUCUUUAUUUUUUUUAAAGAUAAGUGGAUUGCUGCAAUAAUUUUUGAGUAAGUCACUUUUACUACUUUCCCUCAAUAGUUGUUACAAAUGAAUAUAAAAUAUUUUUUCAAGAUACAGGAAAUCUUGGUCAGAACUUCAACAGCCUUCACAAAUGCUUCUAUAAUGUGGAUGUUAUACCCAAAUACUACGUAUUCGAAUAUACUGUAUGUUUCUCUCAAUCUUAAGAUGAUACACCAUAAACCAUAAAUUAAUGUAGCUUGAUUAUUUCAUGCAGAAGGAAAAGAAAAGUGAGAUUUUACUUUUGCAAAAUAGUUCUAAAAAAAUAUUGUGCCAGUGAUGUUAACAAGUUUGGCAGAUCUUUUCUUUUUAUAGCAAUUUCCUUCCUACUUUGCUAUUUCAGCUGAAUUGCUGUAUAUUUUUGCUAGUUUUAAAAUGUUUUGUAUAUGACUUACCUAGGUAGCUUAAUUUUCAGUUUAAAUAGACAAUUUUAAGGCAGUACCAUCAGUUUUUGUUUGUCACUUAAUAAAAUGUUUUGAUUUUAUCGAAAGUCCUGCUUUUCUGUGCAUGAAAGGAAA